AAGCUUUUUCUCCUGCUCAGCAUAACUGCUAAACCAACAUUGCCCACAAAUUUCGAGGAGGAUACAUGGGCAAAACUAAAGUCUGCCAUUUGUGCUAUAUUUUUGAAGCAACCUAACUCUUGUGACUUGGAGAAGCUUUAUCAGGCUGUGAACGAUCUCUGCCUAUAUAAAAUGGGUGUAAAUCUUCAUCAACAGAUUGAAAAGGAGUGUGAAGCACAUAUAUCUGCUGCACUGCAGUCUUUGGUUGGCCAAAGCCCAGAUUUGGUUGUUUUUCUGUCUCUAGUUGAGAGAUGUUGGCAGGAUCUUUGUGACCAAAUGUUGAUGAUUCGUGGUAUAGCCUUGUAUCUAGAUAGGACAUAUGUGAAGCAAACAGCAAAUGUUCGAUCAUUAUGGGACAUGGGCUUACAACUUUUCCGCAAACAUCUUUCAUUGUCUCCUGAAGUAGAACACAAAACUGUUACUGGUCUUCUACGAAUGAUUGAAAGUGAAAGGUAA